AUGCACCACGAGUCCGAAGUCAAUGGAUACAACUACCCAGAAGGCGGCUUGCGGGCCAACCUCGUCGUGGCUGGAAGCUUCAGUUCCAUCAUGGGCGGACUGGGCCUGAUGAACAGCAUCGGCAUCUACCAGGCCUGGAUUUCAGCGCACCAACUCUCGUCCCUGGACGCCGGGCAAAUAGGGUGGAUCUUUGGUCUCUACAACUUCAUGGUUUUCUUCUGCGGUAUCCAGAUCGGUCCUGUUUUCGAUUCGCGCGGCCCGCUCCUGCUAAUGUGCACCGGGUCUGCAUUGCUCGUUAUCGCCUUCAUCUGCAUGGGCUUUUGCACGCUGUACUGGCAUUUCCUCGUUGUCAUUGGCAUCCUAGGUGGUAUGGGCACCAGCUUCAUCUUCAUUGUCCCCGUGGCGUGUAUCGGCCAUUACUUCUGCCGAAGACGCGGCGCGGCCACGGGGCUGGCGUUAUCGGGGGGCAGCAUUGGGGGCGUGAUAUUCCCGCUUGUACUCGAGAUACUGGCACCAAGAAUUGGAUUCGCGUGGGCGACUCGAGUAAUCGGUCUGAUUACGCUCGUCCUCUUGAUCCCGGGCGUGUUGCUCGUCCGCGCGAAUCUCCCACCCAAACCGCCCUCAGCUAAGGUGUUUUUGCCUGAUCUUUCGAUCCUCAAGGACCCUGUUCUGGCUCUAACCACGAUGGGCGUGUUCUUCAUUGAGUGGGGGUUCUUCAUCCCGCUGGAGUAUAUCGCUUCGUACUCCCUGGAAACAGGCAUCGACCGCCGAACAGCAUACCUGAUGGUAGUCUUCCUCAACGCGGGCUCAUUCCCCGGUCGUUGGCUUCCGGGUAUUCUAGCAGAUAGGUUCGGCCGAUUCAACACACUGCUUUUAACAAACAUCAUAUGCCUGGUCUCUGUGCUGGCCGUCUGGAUGCCGGCAGCCGGGAACGUUGUCGCAGUCAUUAUAUUCUCGGUUGUAUUUGGUUUCGCGAGCGGAAGCAAUAUUAGCCUCGUACCUGUAUGCGUCGGUGAACUGUGUCCAGUUGAGAACUAUGGUCGGUAUUAUACGACUGUGUAUACCAUUGUUAGCUUUGGGGCUUUGACUGGGGUCCCAAUCGCAGGAGAAAUUCUUCAACGCUGUAAUGGAAAAUACUGGGGACUGAUUGCUUUUGCUGGGUGUGCAUAUGCGGCUGGAAUUGCGUGCUUUUCAGUUGCUGUGUGGUUUCGGCGGAGAGGAAAGGAGGCUCACAGCACGGUCAAAACCAGCUUCGAGACCAGAGAAGAGCCGAUGACUUUAUCCUGA